AUGCAGCCAGCACGACCCCAGCUGGGGGGUGGCAGGGCCCCUGGGAGCUUUGCGCCCCUGCCUCGAAACGAGCCGAGCCAGGGCAGCAGCAACACAUACACUCCGUACAACACCGCCACUCACCCCAGCGCCGCCAGCAGCAACCACAACGGCAGCAACAGCAGCAACAUCAACAACAACAGAAACCAAGGCGACUUGCAGUCCUUCUACCCCCCGGGUGCUAAUGCUGCUGCUGCUGCUGCUGCCGCCGCCGCCGCUUCCGCAGACCUGCCACCACCUCAGCGGCCGCGAGUGCGACGGGUCGAAUCAUCCUCGAGCGAAGACUCCAUCUCCAUACAUAUCGCCAAAGCACGCAGCCCUACGUCACAGUACAACCCACAGUUCCCACAGCAGGCACCAUCGCCUGCACCCGCUGGCUCCUCCACCCCGUCGUACUCGCAGUUUACCACCGCCCACUCCAACUCCAGCACCGCCAGCCUGCAGAACUUCUCCCGCCCGACCCCCUCGCCCCUCGCAAACGCCGCAGCUGCCGCUGUCGCAGCGAGGUCAGUGGCCGGUAGCCAUGACCCACAACUCCGCAACGCCUCGCCUCUGACCCUGCCACCGUCCACUGCCGGCACCGGCAUGAGCAGACCUCUGGGCCACUCGCGCAAGCACUCGCAAAACGCCGGUGCCUUCGAGCCCUCCCUGCCAUCCAUCUCCACGUCGAAUCUGUCCUCCUACGGCAGCAUGUCUCAACAGUCACCCAGCCAGCGCGACCUCCCUGCGAGCCACAUCGCCGCACAGGCCGCCGUCCUCAGUCACCAGCAGUCGCAGCAGAUGCUGCAACACUCACGGCAGCGCUCGCAGACUGUCCCUACGCCAGGCGACCACUACGAAGUCCCACAGCCGACGGGCAAGAGGGGUAGCGGUCAGCUGAACCCCCCGGUCCUGAGUUUGACCGAGGCGAGCGCGCCCAGGGAGACCGGAUUUGGCAGCCAAGGAUACCACAAUGGGCUGCUGGGGAGCAAUGCUGCCACCACGGCCGCCAACGUUGUCUUCCCUCGUUCUGGACAGACGUCACCAAUAUCGAGCCAGACAAUACCCCAGCCUCCACCUCCUCCGCCGCCCCUACCGGAGAAGAAACCAGAGAAGUCGUCCAAGGUGAAACUGUUCUCUCGGCCCGGCAAGAUUGGGACCAAGGGGGACUCAAAGGACAAGCCGCUGCCCAGUCCGAGCAAGAUAGGGUCUGCUCUUUCUGCCUUGCAGAGGGCCAACUUCAGCACCACCAGUCUGGACUCUACCGGCCAAUCUUUCUAUAACAUGGCGAAUGCGUCCUCCGCGACCAUCCGACCCGCGGAUCCGCCCGCUGAGAAGGAAGCCAAGGAGAAGAAACACCACUUUUUAUCUCGACAGAGGAUCAAGCCCAAGGACAAAGAUGACUAUCACCUCCAGCUAUCCUCUGCAGCCAGCAACUCGCGGCCCACCGAUCCAAGUGCCCCGAGCAGCAUUUACAACUUCAACGUGCCGUCAAGCCCCGGCCCAAACUCGGGCACGUUCAACUCGGGCGCGUUCAAGAAUAUCAGCGGACUUGACCUACGGCAUGGUGGGCGAGCACUCAGGCACGGCCGCAAGGAGGAAAAGGCCGAGUUGAACGAAUCCGUCAGCAAUCCGAUCGACUGGGCUGGGCCGGGUAGCCUGGGGUCUACGAGCGCACAUCCCAUGUACCAGGAACCUAUCGACUCCGCCAAAUACGGCCUCAACAGCAUGUCACUGGACGAUGCCUGGCCGUACCUGAGGGCAAAGCUGCUGGUAAUCUUCGAGGCUGAAGAGCUCAAAUUGCCAAUCGAGGACUUCAACCGCGUUGUGGUACUGCAUCUCCAGUACUGUAUACAACGGCGGUCCCCGAACAUGGUGCUGGAAGACCUCCGUAGCCUGCUACAGACGGGCUUCCUCAGUCUGGACCGAAAUCUUCUCAAGGGUUCGGAAGACCGCAUGAUACCAGCCCUAGUUGAUGCCUGGAUGGCCGUGUUUACGCACAUCACGCCUUACCUACAGGCCGUCUUCCUACCCCUGGACCAGGAGUUCGCCGGCAACGGCACGCUCAUGACGCCGGAGCAGGCCCGCGAUUUCUGGGGCGGCGUGAUAGCCAGCUCGCCAGCAGGCGAUGGCAACGUCAACCUUGCGCCGGCGUCGGCCGUCCUCGACAUACGCACCUUGGUGCUCACGAGCUUCCGUGACGUGGUGAUCCUCCCGCGUUACGAGAAACUGAAGACCCUCUUCUCACGGCUGUCGCUUGAGUUCCUGCCUGGCAUGGCACUCGCGAGCCCCAUGCAGGCAGACACCUUCAUGUCCACCUCUCCCGGCGCGGAGUCAGCGCCGGGGCUACCUUUUGCCCCGCAGCAGAGACCAGGCACAGCCAUGUCGCUGGACCCGUCAACUGCGAGCUACAAUUCGACAUCGACGACGCUGCUGGGCGACCUGGCGGCGGGCGGGCGCAGCCGGGGCCUGUCCAACGUCUCGUUCGCGUCAAGCGGGGCUCACAGUAACGGCGGUUCGGACUCACUAAACAUGUCGUCUGCGCACUCGCUGCGGCCACCAAAGCUGACGCCCGGCAACAGCAGCCUCAGCCUGGGCGGAGGCGGCGGGGCCGGGCCGGGGUCCUCGUCGACCUCCCUGCUCGGGCUGUCACUCCGUGAGCAGAACGUGGAGGACAGCAAGCAGGUCACCGAGAUGGUGGGGCGGAUGCUGCAGUGCAUGAGCGUGCUGGCGGGGACGGGUCAGGGCGGCGACGAGGGCACGAUGCGGGUGCAGGAGCUGACCAAGCUGCUGAAGCUGAACUGGCUCGGCAGGGGCCGGACGGGCAGGAACAGGAGGGGCAUCGUCGGCGGACGGGUCGCGAGAGGUAACAGCAACCGGGAGGAGGUGAGCGUUGCUUAG